CGGACACGUCAAAUUCAUCGGAAACGUCGUUGAUGGAUCCACGACCCAGAUCCACUUAGCCUGAGUCCUUGUGUGGGAGAGGAAUACUGGAAUAGGAGUGAAGGGCAUUCUUCUCGGAAGAGAUGGAGGGGAGUCACUCUGUUGCUGGUGCACCAUCCAUGGCCAGCCCAAGCGACGAAGAACCAUUCGUUUCCGAUGACGACGAAAUCGACUACUCGAUCAAACCAGAGUUUUAUAACCCGAGUCUUGAUGAUAAGGAUGAAUUGUGGGUUCAGAAGAAACGAAGUGGGCGUACUUCCGAUGCCAUCCUGAGCUGCCCUGCUUGCUUCACCACUCUUUGUCUGGAUUGUCAGAGGCAUGAAAAAUAUUGUACACAAUACAGGGCCAUGUUUGUUGUCAACUGUAAAAUUGAAAGCAGUGAUAUAUUACGGCCAUCGUCAAGAAAGCGGCAGAGGAAGAUGGUGCCGAGGGUUAUCUCUGAAGACCGUGGCAAGGUCACUGGUGACCAAUCUAAAGUUGCUCCGUUGAGGCCAGUGUGCUGCUCAGUUUGUGGAACAGAAGUAGGUGCUCUGGAUGAAGACGAGGUUUACCAUUUCUUUGAUGUUCUUCCUAGUGAAAGUUAAUCCAUGGUGUUCGCCCCACGCAGACCUGAUGUGCCCACGCAUGUAUAAAGUACAAACUAGCUGACAUCUCCUAGUUGCACUUGCUUAUCUACGUACCUCGAACCAACUUAAUGAAGUACAGUUUUCAUGUGAAGUGGGUGUAAGCACAUGCAUGCUAACAGAUGCUGCCAGUUACAUUCUCUCCUGUUCUUGGGGAUAGAUCGAAUGGAACACAACUUUGUUUGUAUGGUACUUGUUAGAUAUCACAUCUGUUAUAUCUAUAUAAGCUGUCAACCUCAUGAGUGGGAAGCAGAUCAAAUUUCUGAGAUAUUAUAGCAUUUGUUCUUCUUUGCU